UUUCGGGGCGACGCUUCAUCCAGACGUUUCUACUGAAAAUGUGUUUCUUGUGCUUCCUUUGUUUCUGCUGCGGGAUUGUAAAUAAGAGCUUGAGCCAAAAUGGCGGCCGCAGCCGUUGAGCUAGUAGCUACUGCGCCGCGUUUAGCCACACGCUUUUAUCAUUUAACGCUCUUUUAUGCCUUUAUCUCCCUCUUGGAUGAUUUAUAUGCUGUCGUAGCAUUUACAAUAAGACACCUGGCUGCGUCUGAGGUUGCUGGAGCCCUUCUGAAGGAGGUCUGGGUCAGUACUCAUUCGUGCGGGCCCUGAGAGGCCGACCCGUCCCCCCCGCUCACUCCUGAGCACCAGUCAUUCCUCAGCGUCAGACGGGCAUCGGGCGAGCACCUUACAUGCCAGCGUUUUUUGUUUUCUUUUGACUGCCCCCUUUAGGUUGAGUCCCCUCUCCCCCGAAACUCUUUCAUUCAUCAGAAAGAGUGAAUUUUGACCCUAGUGCGGCAGCCGGGCUGCUCCUCCACACACAGAUGAAUGAAGACCCCAUUCGGGAAGAACGCGGCCCAGAGAUCCAGAGCUGAUGCAGGGCAUGCUGGUGUCUCUGCAAAUAUGAUGAAGAAAAAGAACUCUCAUAAGAAACACAAAAGCAGCGUAGGCCCCACCAAAGCAGUGGCUCAGCCGCGGAGGAACAUCGUGGGCUGUCGUAUCCAGCACAUCUGGAAGGAGGGCAGCGGCGCGGCGUCGCAGUGGAAAGGCACCGUUCUAGACCAGGUGCCCGUCAACCCCUCGCUCUACCUGAUCAAAUACGACGGCUUCGACUGCGUCUACGGCCUGGAGCUGCAUAAAGACGAGCGCGUGCAGGGACUCGAGGUCCUGCCAGACAGACUCGCCUCGACGCGCAUCAGCGACGCUCACCUGGCCGACACAGAGUGGAGGGGAAUGGUUCUGGCCCGGGCGCCCAUCAUGAACACGUGGUUCUACAUCACGUACGAGAAAGACCCAGUGCUCUACAUGUAUCAGCUGCUCGACGACUACAAAGACGGGGAUCUGAGGAUCAUGCCGGACUCUAACGACUCGCCCCCAGCGGAGCGAGAGCCCGGAGAGGUGGUGGACAGCCUCGUGGGGAAGCAGGUGGAAUACGCCAAAGAGGACGGCUCUAAACGAACUGGAAUGGUUAUCCAUCAGGUGGAGGCCAAGCCCUCCGUCUACUUCAUCAAGUUUGAUGACGACUUUCACAUUUACGUCUAUGACCUGGUGAAAACAUCGUAAGGCGGCGAUGGGACGCGGAGAGGGGGAGGAGUUUCACCUAACCAUGUGAUCCACACAAACGUUUUAUUUUUUUUUUUUUUGCCAAAAGUUCUCUCGGAACGUUUCUUGUAACAUCUUUUGGAAACGGAACGCUGGAUAUUUCGGUGGAUUACCGCUAGUCAAGUGUCUCUCAUCGCUGUAGGAUGGACGGACAUCACAUCCCCCGACAUACACGUAGCUUCAUAUUUCAAGAGGUUCGUCUCGAGCAUUUCCCAUCCCUGUUGGAUGAUACGAAGACGUUCGUCGGGGAAAAUCCCGUCUGGCUGUUCUGGGAUGUUAAAGUGUUCAUCUCUUGGAUUGUUACAGUCCCGUCAUGGGUUGAAAUUCAAGCUAGCGUCGUGCGCCGAUCCUCGGGAAACGGUGGAAACGAAACCUUCGCGGAUAAAAGAGAAACGCGGCGGUCCGUGAAGGAUGGGGAGCGUUCGGGACGUCCUAAACCUCGUAAAAGUGCCAGGAGGUGGAGGGCGGGAGAAAACGUCUGUAAAUAAGACAUCGUUCUGUUCUUGUUGUCUUUGAGUCGGUUGCCAGAUGUUUCAUGUUUUAUCCCUCCUUCUUCUGGUUCUCGCCAGAAUUGUGCACACGAGCUCCGCUGUCAAUCAAAUGUAGGCAUCUGUGGCGUGAAACCCCACCGUCUUGUUUUUAUGUAUUUUGUUUUCUACUUUUUGUUUUAUAUGUGUAUAUAUAUAUCAUCAUCAUCACAAGUAAACGCUAAUGCAGCUUUUAUAAUCUUAAGCACUAAAUUUAGAGACUUGUUUUGCUCCCGUUUGUUUUCAGCGAAUUGCAAAAAACAUUUUUGCGUUUCAUGUUUGGAACAUUUAUUUAACGUUUGUCUGAUGUUGAUAUAACGUUCAUUUCAUUUACUUAACGGGCUUCAUAACAUAUACAAAAAAAAAUGCCUACUAAUUGUAUCAUAUUGCAUAGUGUGAGCAUUUCCUCUUGGGUUAUUGUUGUUAUGGUGUAGAUUAAUGGGUUUAUUGUGUCUUAGCACAUGAUUUUGGCUCUUUAGCACUAAAAAUCACACGGUUACCCAGUUCCCCAGAAGUAUUUAGUGAUGUUACACAAAACUAAUUGCACAAAGUGUUUAAUCCCGUACUGGUUAGAAAGUGCAGAUGCAAUAAUGAAGAAAGUAUUCAGGAAUUUCUUUGCACCCCGUGACAUUAGCGUUGUUUUUCUGUGAUCGGCCUUGGAGAGAUUUCUUUCGCUCUGCCUCUCUGCGAGCAUAAACGUCUGUGCCUGGAUAUUGACUUCAGUAUGUUUUUUGUACGUGUGUGUUUUGUCUGAAGGUUUGAGUGUUCCCGUCAGACUCGUACGAAGUGACACGAAGGCCCCCUCCGAGGAAUGUUACGGUGUCUCAAGACACCCUCGCAGCUACAUGUGUUCUGCAUUAUUUCAGCGUUCGGUCACAGCGCUCCUGUUUUCACACUCACAUAAAGAGUUUCUCUCGUUCUCAAGCCGCUGUCGACUGCAUUCGAUGCACAACACUAGAAGAGCGCCGUGAAGAAAUGCACAGGUCAGAUUUCACUCCAAAAUCACGUGGAAAAAAUUAGAUGUUAUAUUUUGCAGUUUAUUUUCAUGACAUUUAAGCACAUCCAUUCAGAUUCUCAUUACCUAAUGCAUAAACACCUUUACUGUAAUACAUUAGUGUAAUGCAACAUGUAAUAAUGCAUUAAUCUAAAUCUUUCUGUGAUGUAUUAAUACUUUCAACUUUUUUUGAGAGGUGGGUAAUGCAGUGAUGAUUUAAACAUGAUUAAUAAAUGGCAAAAA